GAAGUCCAGAUGUCGCUCGCGGGAACUUGACGCUAGUCCGCUAACUUCUGUCUGUGUGGUCAUCCAACCGAAGCAUGGGAUCUUUUUUGACUCUCCAUUUUAACGCGAUUAAUGAUGAAAAAGCCGUAUCCAUGGUGGAAUGAUUACUGAUCUACAUCUCUCAUUGUUUUCAACCUGAACCAGCAGCCUGAGCGGAAAGACGAACUCUUCUCUGUGUGUGUCGUCUGCCUGAAGAAGAGCGUCCUGUGAUCACUGCUAGCUGUGAUGUGACUAUGAAUAACCACCGUCGAGGGAAGUUAUAAUUGACACUAUCAUAGCUGAAUGGCUACAAUAGCAGCUUGUCUGCCCUCAUCUAUCGCCUGCAUGCUGUUAUUUCCAUAGCUAUACUCAAAGCCCCUGCGUCGGGAGGAACCGCUAUAUUCUCUUGGCGGAAAUAACCGAGGAGCCCGCAUCAACACUGAGCUCUACUUCUCAUCAGAAAACAUGUCUUUCUUCAAUUUUCGGAAGAUAUUCAAACUGGGCCCUGACAAGAAGAAGAAGCAGUAUGAACAUGUACACAGAGACGUCAACCCUGAGGAAAUCUGGGACAUCAUUGGAGAGCUGGGAGAUGGAGCGUUUGGCAAAGUGUUCAAGGCCCAGAACAAGCAGAAUGGGACCCUCGCUGCUGCCAAGGUUAUUGACACAAAGACGGAGGAUGAACUGGAGGACUACAUGGUAGAGAUCGACAUCCUGGCCUCCUGCAACCACCACCACAUCGUCAAACUGCUGGACGCCUUUUAUUUUGAAGGCAAACUGUGGAUUCUGAUAGAGUUCUGUGCAGGCGGUGCAGUGGAUGCCAUCAUGCUGGAGCUGGAGAGACCCCUGACAGAGCCCCAGAUCCGCGUGGUGUGUCGACAGACCUUGGAGGCCUUGAUAUACCUCCAUGAGAACAAGGUCAUCCACAGAGACUUGAAAGCCGGAAACAUCCUCCUCUCUUUGGACGGGGAAGUGAAACUAGCUGACUUUGGGGUGUCUGCUAAAAAUACCAAGACGUUACAGAGAAGGGACUCUUUCAUCGGCACUCCGUAUUGGAUGGCCCCAGAGGUGGUGAUGUGCGAAACUUCCAAAGACCGUCCAUACGACUACAAGGCCGACAUCUGGUCCCUGGGGGUAACCCUGAUAGAGCUGGCACAGAUUGAGCCACCCAACCACGAGAUGAAUCCCAUGAGGGUGCUGCUGAAAAUAGCCAAGUCUGAGCCACCCACACUCAUGCAUCCCUCUCGCUGGUCACCGGAGUUCAACGACUUUCUGCGGAAAUCGCUUGAUAAGAAUGUGGACCAUAGGUGGAACUCUGUACAACUCCUGCAGCAUCCCUUUGUCACCAGUGUAACAGAUUGCAAACCUCUCAGAGAGCUCAUCGCAGAGGCCAAAGCUGAAGUCACAGAGGAGCUCGAGGAUAGCAAAGAAGAAGAAGAGGAGGAGGAGCCUGAUACACCUCUGGCGGCUCCUGGGCACAAGAGAGCGCCAUCAGACGUUAGCGUAGCCAGCUCGGAGGAUGACAAAGUCCCACCGACUCCUUCCACGCUGGAAUCUGUCAAAGAAAAGACAGAGACGGUGCCUGCUGAGGACCAGACCACUGAUAAGCUCUCUGAUGAAGCAAGAGAGGUGGAUAAGACAAAGGAGGAGAAACUCAAUGAGGUGUCUGAUGCCAAGAAUGAAGAUCUGGUGUCUGGGCCAACAAAGCCUACAAAGGACUUGAUUGCACAAACUCCUACAGAGCCUAAACCAGAAGAUGUCAAAGCUGAGGAGAUUCCUGCUGAGCCUGCGGUAUCACAGCCAGAAGAAAACGGAGAAAUUAUCCAAGAACUUGUUCAAGAUGGUCCAAAAACAGAGGAAGAGGUACCUGAGGAGAAAACAGAGGAGGAACCUACACAAGUAAUAGAGGGAAAGGAAGAGGCAGUGGAGGAGAAGGAAGAGGGAGAAGAGAAAGAAAAAGAAGCAGAUGCCGAAGAUGUCAAAGAAUCCCAAGAGCAACCUGAAAUCAAAGAAGAGGAAGCAGAGUCCAUACCAGGAGAGGUGGAGAAAGCAGAAGAAGAAAGCAAAGAACCAGAGGUGGAGAUGGAGGUGGAGGUACCUCAGCAAAAAGAUGCAGAGGACAGAAUAGAAGACACAGUUAAUGGCACAGACGUAAAAUCAGACACAGAGAAUAUAGAAUCAAAUGUGGUAGACGGCAUCAUAAAUGGGGAAACGGACACACAGUCGAGUGUGGAUGAGAUCCCUGCUGAGGUUGUAUUAGAGAAGGAGGCCCCAGAGAUUCAGCCGGAGAAGAAACCUGAGGAGGAGGCUCCUGAGGAGGCAGAGCAACCUGAACAAGACAAUCAACCCAAAGAUGAGGCAGUAACGGAGGAACCGGUACCAACCGAAUCCAUGAAUGGAGUCAGCGAUGAAGCCAAAGAAACCUCAGAGGAUCAAGAAAAGGUGGUACCACGUGAGGACGUCCCCAUGAAGGAGGAUGAGGAGAAAGCCAUUCCAGCAGACGAGACGACUUCUCAAGAUACCGUCUCGGUCCAGGAGAGUGAAACAGAUUCAGAAUGCAAGAUGGAGCCCGGCAGCCCAGCUGUGAUCAAAUCAGAUUUGGAGAAGGACUCUGACUCUGGGAGUAGCUCUGCUGCGGACAGCAACAGCCUCGACCUCAAUCUGUCCAUCUCUAGCUUCCUGUCCAAGAGCAAAGAAGGCUCUGUGUCUAUGCAGGAGUCAAGGCGUCAGAAGAAAACACUGAAAAAGACACGUAAGUUUAUGGUGGAUGGUGUGGAGGUCAGUGUGACGACAUCGAAGAUAGUGACGGACAACGACACCAAGAGCGAAGAGAUGAGGUUCCUGAGGCGGCAGGAGUUGAGAGAGCUGCGCCUCCUGCAGAAAGAGGAGCAGAGGGCACAGCAGCAGCUGAGCAACAAACUGCAGCAGCAGAGAGAGCAGAUCCACCGGCGCUUUGAACAGGAAACAACUGCCAAGAAGCGUCAGUACGACCAAGAGGUGGAGAACCUCGAGAAGAAGCAGAAGCAGACCAUCGAGCGACUGGAGCAGGAUCACACCAGCCGGCUCCGAGACGAGGCCAAACGCAUCAAAGGGGAUCAAGACAAAGAGCUCUCCAAGUUCCAAAACAUGCUGAAGAACCGGAAGAAGGAGGAGCAGGAGUUCCUGCAGAAGCAGCAGCAGGAACUGGACGGAGCGCUGAAGAAAAUCAUCCAGCAGCAUAAACUGGAGAUCGCCACUAUAGAGAGAGACUGCCUCAACCACAAGCAGCAGCUCAUGAGAGCUCGGGAGGCAGCCAUGUGGGAGUUGGAGGAGCGCCAUCUGCAGGAGAAGCACCAGCAGCUGAAGCAGCAGCUGAAGGACCAGUACUUUCUGCAGAGGCACCAGCUGCUGAAGAGACACGAGAAAGAGAUGGAGCAGAUGCAGCGUUACAACCAGCGGCUGAUAGAGGAAAUGAAAAACAAACAGAAUCAGGAGAGGGUCCGUCUGCCCAAGAUUCAGCGCAGCGAGGCCAAGACCCGCAUGGCCAUGUUCAAGAAGAGCCUUCGCAUCACCGCCACUGCAUCCGUCACCCCUGAGAUGGAGCGAGAGAAGAUAAAGCAGUUUGGCAUUCAAGAGGAGAAGAGGCAGAAGAACGAGAGGCUUCAUCAACACCAGAAACACGAGAACCAGAUGAGGGAUCUUCAGCUGCAGUGUGACUCAAACAUCAGGGAGCUGCAGCAGCUACAGAAUGAGAAGUGCCACCUUCUUAUUGAACAUGAGACGCAGAAGCUGAAGGAGCUGGAUGAGGAGCACAGCCAGGAGAUAAAGGAGUGGAGAGAGAAGCUGAGACCAAGGAAGAAGGCGUUAGAGGAGGAGUUCACACGGAAGCUCCAGGAGCAGGAGGUCUUUUUCAAGAUGAGUGGUGAGUCCGAAUGCCUUAACCCCACCACCCAGAGUCGAGUGUCCAAGUUUUACCCCAUCCCCAACCUGCACAACUCCGGAUUAUAGCCUCAUGUCUGCAGAGACAGACACACACAUCCAACUCGGACUGACUGUUCCUGGUGGAGCGGCGUCAUUCCUUCGACCGUUACUGAUAAACCUGAAAAUACAUUCACUACUUUGACUCCACCGUUCGUGAGCAUGACGUGCCUACACACUGUUUCCUCACUCAGACGAUUACUCUCAGCUGGGACGGAUAAUAUGCACUUUUGCAAGCAUGUUCAAAUUUUAAGAAAUCUGCAGUCAGUAGCUCAGGCCAAUCAUGCUGAACAGAUCGAUGUUAGCACGGCCAGCUACAGUAUGAAUGAUCUCAGUGCCUCAUAUGCUCCUUGUUUUUCUUCAUAUCGGCCCAUUCCUAUGUUUUCUCGAGCUUGCAGUAAAUACAGAGCCCCCCUGAAUGUCAUGCACUUAAAUAACUGGUUAUCAAAAUCACAUGAUGAUGGGAGAUUUAUUUUAGUUUUUACAGAUUUGCUGGCCAUUAAAGAUCUUAGGUAAGCUGGUUUAGGAGAGACAUGCUGAUGAGUUCAAGGACUCUAAAAUAAAAAUAAAAAGUUUGUCUUAUGCUGUUCUAAGAAAAAUGCUGUUGGGAUCAAAAGAGUUCAGAAGAAAAGGAGUGUACUUCGUUGAGUAAAAUGUUACACAUUUGCACCUACAUAAAUUUAAUCUGACACGAUGAGGAUUUUACAGUCUUGAGAAAUGAACAAACAUCAUUUCAUUUCAGUGUUGUACCACCGAACAUGUUUAUGUAAAAGCAGCGGUGAGCUGUGAAUGAAGAAAUACUGUUUUCUUGAUAUCUAAGAAUUAGAAAAUAAAUCACUCUACCUUCUUAAGCGGUGGUCUCACAGUCGAAUGCUUUGUCGUGAAGUGCUAAAGGAAUGUAAAAGCUGUUGAUUUGCACUGUUUUGCCACAUGAGCUCCAUGAUAAAAAAAAUAUGCAGUAGUUUUCUGUCAAUGUGUUUUUGACAGUAAGUCCAUUUUGUCUCACACAGGCUCAAACUUCAAACUGAGUCAUUUGAAUGUUUAAUUUUCUAACUGUUUCGUUCAAAUAAGCCCUUUAGUAUCUUAUGACCACAUCUAAUUCUCCAAACAUGUAUCACAGAUAUAUUAACGCUGUAAUCACUGUUUUUUUGGGGGGGUUUGGUGAGAUCAGUGUUGUAUGAAAGGUGAAAAGCUGUACCUUUAAUUUCAACAUGUGAGGACAUGUUCGGCUGUACGUAACGACGGUUCACAAAAAGAGACUUCAAUGUACCUGACUGUUUUUGUUUUUGCCACUGCAUAUCAUUGAUGCAUGUUAUUAUUUCAAUAUGCUGACAUUAACAUUGGUGAGUGUUUCUGUCAUGAAUGCUGGAUUUGUAUUGGGGUCAUCAGAGAUUGUGUCAUGUGAAUCACACCACACGCCCCGUAGAUUUCAAAUAUUUUUUUAUUUGGUUAAGUUACAGCAUUUUGGAUGUGUCUUUUAAGUUCCAUCACAAUCAAUCUUCUUAGUAUAUACACAUUUUUUGAUGUCAGAUCAAAUGUAUUUAAAGUGUCUUUAUAAAUGGACAUUUCCUGUUGUUGUAAAUAAAAUAUUGACUGUUUAUUUGA